GUUAUUGGACAGCACGUCAUCUUCCUCCACAGCAUCCGAGUCUCUGCCCUGUCCACUGUGCCGCCGCCGCCGCCGCCGCUGCUGCUAAUGCUGUCUCACUGGACUUGUCCACCGUCCAAAGUCUGAGUCGGGACAUCCUCCCGAAACCCGCGGCUGAGGCCCGCGGAGACACUGGACCUCCGGCACACGGACGGAGUUUACGAGCAGGAAGUGACUGACACAGUCUGUGGCCAUGUCAAACGAACGCACCCCCCUGAUCUCCUCGGGAGUGUGCGGCCUCUCUGUGACCGCAGUGGCGUGUGGCGGGUCGCCGGACGCCACCCCCGAAUCCAGCUCCGAGACUCCAAGUAAAAGUCCUCGUGAACUGAACACGUUUUUCGGCGUGAUGGUGCCGACCAUCCUCUCCAUGUUCAGCAUUGUUCUUUUCCUGAGAACAGGGUUUGUGGUUGGUCAUGCCGGACUGCUCCAGGGUCUAUUAAUGGUCUUCGUAGCCUACAUCAUCAUUUCGCUGACAAUACUGUCCAUCUGUGCCAUUUCCACCAACGGUGCUGUCCAAGGCGGCGGAGCCUACUACAUGAUCAGUCGCUCUUUGGGUCCAGAGUUUGGAGGAAGCAUUGGUUUGAUGUUCUUUCUGGCCAAAGUGUUUGCAUGCGGCGAGUACGUGCUUGGUCUUGUGGAGGCCCUACUGGACGUGUUUGGGUCAGAUCCUGAGUCAUCCGUGUCCCAGGGGAUACGAGUACUUCCUCAGGGCUACUGGUACACAGUACUUUACUCUUCAGUCGUCCUUCUGCUGUGUCUCAUUGUGUGCCUGGUGGGCGCCCACAUCUACUCCCGCACUGCCUUCGUCAUCCUGCUGGUCGUCACGGUGUCCCUGCUGUCCAUCUUCAUUAGCUCUGUGGCGGUUAAACCGCGUGACUUUGUCAUCUCCCACCCGGGACCUGGCAACCAGACCCUCCGCUACAACGCCAGCUACACAGGCUUCAGCGCCGCCACGCUGAGGAACAACCUUGGCUCUGGUUACUCUCUGGACUACAGCACCAACACUGUCAUGUCCUUUGCUACUGUGUUUGCCAUCAUGUUCACAAGCUGCACUGGGAUCAUGGCUGGAGCCAAUAUGUCAGGUGAGCUGAAGAAUCCAAGCGUUUCCAUCCCCAAAGGCACCAUCGUGGCUGUGUUUUACACGUUCACCGUCUACAUCCUUCUCUUCAUCUUGGUCAGCGCCACCUGUGACAGGACCCUGUUGAUUCAGGAUUAUGGGUUCCUCCAGCGCAUAAACAUUUGGCCACCGUUUGUCACUGUCGGGAUCUUCUGUGCCUCUCUGUCCGCUGCGAUGUGCGCUAUGAUCGGGGCAUCUCGUAUCCUCCAUGCUCUCGCUUUGGAUCACCUCUUUGGCAUUCCAUUAGCCCCAGCUGCCAUCACAUCAAGGUCAGGGAAUCCAUGGGUGGCGGUGCUGUACACGUGGGGUUUGGCGCAGUGUGUGGUGUUUGCGGGACAGCUCAACGCCGUAGCAGGUCUGGUGACUGUCUUCUACCUGCUUGCGUUCGCUGCAGUGGACCUGGCGUGUUUGGCUCUUGAGUGGGCGUCGGCUCCAAAUUUCAGACCGACCUUCCAGCUCUUCUCCUGGCACACCUGCCUGCUGGGGAUCCUGAGCUGUUUAGUCAUGAUGUUCGUCAUCAAUCCCGUGUACUCCUCGGCCAGCAUCGUCCUCCUGCUACUGCUGCUCCUCUUCCUCCACUACAGAUCACCCACCAGCAGCUGGGGCUACAUCAGCCAGGCUCUCAUUUUCCACCAGGUGCGAAAGUAUCUCCUCAUGCUGGAUGUGAGGAAAGACCACGUGAAGUUCUGGAGACCGCAGGUGUUGUUAAUGGUGGCCAACCCUCGCUCGUCUUGCCAGCUCAUCCUGUUUGUGAACCAGCUGAAGAAGGGAGGACUGUAUGUGCUGGGCCAUGUGCAGCUGGGGGAUCUGGACUCCCUCCCUGCAGACCCCGUCCAGCAGCAGUACAACUUCUGGUUGAGUCUCGUUGAUAAACUCGGUGUGAAGGCCUUUGUCGAUCUGACACUGUCUCCCUCUGUCCGACAGGGAACGCAGCAUCUGCUGCGCAUCACGGGCUUAGGUGGCAUGAAGCCCAACAUGCUGAUUUUGGGGUUUUAUGACAGCUGCACCCCUGAGGACUUCUUUCUACAAGAUAGCGCGUUCUGUGACUCAUCGAUGGGUCAAAGCACUGAGGGAGAGUAUAAUUUCGGGGUGGACCUGCCGUCGUUACAGGCCCAUUUCCCUCCCGUGCGACAUGUUGAGAGUCCACGCUGGGUUUCCCCGGAGGAAUACGUCGGGAUCAUUUCCGAUGCCGUUAAGAUGAACAAGAACGUGUGCCUCGCCCGCUACUUCUUCCAGUUAGAAGGAGAAGGUAGGGACAGUAAGGUGGACGGGUCAGACCGGACUAUCGACGUGUGGCCUCUCAACUUGCUGCAGCCGGGCAGCCGCGAUUACGAGAACGUGUGCAGCCUCUUCCUGCUCCAGAUGGCGUGCGUCCUCAACAUGUCCAGCAAAUGGCGCCACGCCAGAAUGAGAAUCUUCCUGAACGUGGAGACGGAGUCCAGCGACCAGGGCUGGGUGGUCAACGAGGAGGAGUUCCGGGAGCUGCUGAGGAAGCUGCGGAUCAGGGCGGCCAUAAAAAUCGUGCCAUGGGACGCCGUGGUCCAGCACCACACUCAGCCAGAGACACCGGAGCAGACACGAGCGCUGUCCGACGGCUUCCUGACGGCCGUGAACGCGAUGCUAAUGGAGCACAGCUCGCAGGCGGCCGUUCGCUUCCUUUAUUUGCCUCGACCGCCUGCUCAUCACAGCCUGUCGCAGCAGUACGUCACUCAGCUCGAGGCAGUGACCAGCGGGUUGGGACCGACGCUCCUGAUUCAUGGUGUCACCCCGGUCACAUACACUGGUCUCUGAGCAUGAUGUUGUGUUUAUAUGAUAUUGCACAUGCACCAAAGUCUUAGCUGAUCAUUUACGUAGGUCAAUGCAUAAACUCUAGGAAACGUUCCUAUUUUCAUACACUUGAACUGAAGGAACUGAAGAAAUGGGAGCAAACCACAAGUUUUUGUGUCUUGUUUUUCAUUAGCUGUGUGUCAGACGGAUGCAAAUGUGUCAAAGGCUCUUCAACCAAACCAAACAGUUUUGUUUUGAGCAUUACGGGUUGUCAAGGAUACUGAAUACAGAGAGGUCUGUAUAUUCAGGGAUGCAGUUUUCAAUGUGUGGUGUUUUUGUGACUGUAAGUUAAUAGUCAUGGAAGCUGUUCUUUUUAUAUUCAUUUGUUUGUUUCUCCUCGCUUUUACCAUUGUACCUCGUCUUGUUUACACCAAAUAGUCGGAACGUUUUUGUUUUUGUGCCGAGUUGCCUUUUGGUGUUCACGCUUUCUUAUCAACUGUCUUCACAAUAGAACCGUUAGGAACGUUUGUUCUCAUGCUGUCGUAUAUGCUAAUUUAAAGAAACGAAACCAAACAUUUACCACUACACUUAUACUACGACGUGAAUAGUUGUGUUGAAGGUACUGGAAAAAAAUAAUGUGUAAGAGCUUCUGAAUCUCAUUUUUACUUACUGUUCCAAACUGUUACAGACGUGAAGGCUUUCGCCGAAUCAUAAAUAGGAAGUUGCUGAAAA